AUAAAUACUGAGGAGCAUGUGGAUGCAUCUGACAAGGAGGUCAUUGUAUGGAAUCGUAAGAUCCCUGAGGACAUCCUGAAGGAAAUAGCUGCUCCUAAGGAGGUACCUGCAGAAAGUGUCACUGUCUGGAUUGACCCACUUGAUGCUACCCAGGAAUAUACGGAGGAUCUUCGAAAGUAUGUCACUACCAUGGUGUGUGUAGCUGUGAAUGGCAAACCUGUGCUAGGAGUUAUUCAUAAGCCAUUCUCUGAAUAUACAGCUUGGGCAAUGGUAGAUGGUGGUUCAAAUGUGAAAGCUCGUUCUUCCUACAAUGAGAAGACCCCAAAGAUCAUUGUGUCCCGCUCUCAUGCAGGGAUGGUCAAACAGAUUGCUCUUAUGACAUUUGGAAACCAGACAUCAAUCAUCCCAGCUGGCGGUGCUGGUUAUAAAGUUUUAGCACUCUUGGAUGUGCCUGAUACAAGUCAAGAAAAAGCAGAUCUAUAUAUUCACGUGACGUACAUCAAAAAGUGGGAUAUAUGUGCUGGCAAUGCCAUCUUAAAGGCCCUUGGGGGGCAUAUGACCACUCUGAGUGGGAAAGAGAUCAGUUACACUGGUUCUGAUGGCAUUGAAGGGGGACUCCUUGCUAGCAUCAAAAUGAAUCACCAAGCUCUGGUCAGAAAACUCCCGGAUUUAGAAAAGUCAGGACAUCCAUAAGCAUUCCUGACCACAGGGUGCAACUCUGCCAGAGGUGAAUUGUUUGGCUGAACUGUUGGAAGUUUCAAAGGACUGGUGGAGACUAUGCAUGGUUAAGGCCAUUCUGACCUUAGGAAAUAUUUAUGAAGCAUCGAGACUUACUUUUCCCUGUACUAGGAUGCAAAAUCAGGGAAAUUAGGUUGCUUCAUUUCUCAAGUAUUGUCUUUAUUUUUGAGACUAUUUUCAUACGGUUGUCAUACACAAGGCACAUAUAUAUAUAUGUAUGUAUAUAUAUAUUUGUGGAUUAAAAUCUAGAGCUCAGUCUACACUGUUGAGUCACCAUUUUCACUCUACAAAUGAUGAGUCUGCACUGUUGAUACUUUCUUACAGAAUUGGGUUUGAGGAAGGCUUCAUUUUGUGUAGAUGUUUAGUGUAACUUUGAGGUUGUAUCAUACUGAAAAUAAAGUCAUUGGUGAUUUUUACUCCUCAGAUGGAAAGCACAAGAAGUCUCAUAUUCAUUAAUAGUCAACAAGUGCUCUGUUCAUCUACCAUUUCUAUGGAUUUAGUAGAAAAGGCUUAAAUAGAUUAUUUUCUUUGAAGUUUUACUAGCAGGCUCACCAGUUGAUAGAAAAUAUAGACAAAUGAUGAACUGCAUUAUUAUUGGAAUUUUUUGUGAAUGUGUGUUUUGUUUUGGUCAGUCAACAUGUAUCUAUGGUUUUAACAUUUCUGCCAUGUUGCUGUUGAUUUUCAUUCCCCUUGGAAGGUACAUUCAUUCACCCUUUCUCUGUUGACCAGCAUUUAGUCUUUACCUGUAAAGUUGGUUUUAAGUUUCAAUAUUAGCAUCAUGAUUUGGUAUAUUUUCUCACUAGAGAUAAAAUAUGCUGUAAAACAGUGUAAGAACAUAAAUGACUCUGUAAUAAUUCACAUUAGAUGGGAUAGCUAGUUUUAGUAAUUUUUUUCAGUAAUUUUGUUUCAGUAAAUUUUUGAAACCUCGCCAGGUUUGUCUGUAAACAUUCUCUUAUUAUCAGAAAUGGCACAGUUCCUUUUUUAGCUAUUAAUCGACUUAAAAUAACCGAAUUCUCGAAGGAAUCACUGUGGCACAAUCCUAUAGUUUCCUUUCAGAUUGCGAUAAUGAAAAUUGAUGAAUUUUUUUUCUGUUUAGUUGGCAAAAUAUGGUUAGAAAAAGAGAUGGUGGCAUUUGUCAUGUUCCUCUAAGAGCUUUCUUUCUGAGCUGUAUUUGUUGGUGAGUGGUUUUUCUUAGUGUGAUCUAGAAAAUCAUGUAAAUAGUCCUGUUUUUUCAUGUGGCUUUGAUGCCCUUAUAAACAUCAAUGAGGAAUUUCUUGUCUUUUCUUAAAAAAAUGUAACCCUAAAGCAAUUUUCUAUUUAUUUUCCUAUUUUAGAGAUAAAAUUGAGCAGAGUGGACAUGCUAGCCUGUAGAGAUGCAAACAUUAGGCCAUCAUUCCUCAGUACUGGACUAAAUCUUAGUACAGUACCAAGUGAUUUCCCCUAUACUUAGCUGCUGGUAACAAAUUAGCUUCAUGCAGGGAAGAUUCAAAGUUUUAGAAUUGGAAACUUGGUGUUUGUUUAACAGGACUUGGGAGUUCUGAAAACAGUUUCAGACACCUAAUCUAAUUACUAAAUAUGAUAAGAGACAGGAAACCCUGCUUUCUCCAGAGAUGGCAAAAGCAGAUACUCACCAGAGUCCUGUGAUAGGGACAUUUGUUUUCAUUGUAAUAUAUCAAGACAGGAAAUGGAAUUUAAUUGAAAAUGUUUUAAUGUGUGGAAACUUUUAUCAUUUAGUAGAAGCAGAACUAGUUCAUAUUACCAAGCACCAUUGUUUUGUUUUUUAAUUUCAGUAAUCUUGUAUAACUAAGGAUAUGAACAAUGCUGAUUUGUUGGCUGAGAGUUGAAAGUAUUAUUUUAUAAUUUGUUGGUGUUGUCUAGUUACUGAUACAUACUUUUAUAGACCAUUCAUUUUCUAAAAAUUUUAAGAGCCAAUAUACACUACAAGGAAAAGGGUAUUUAUAUUUAUUUAUGAGGUAUUAUUGUGCCAGAAUGUACUAGCUGUGGAGUAUGUAAUGUCUCUCAGAAUUAACAUUAAGUUGUUUUAUUUCUAAACAUAACAAACUAAGCAAGUUUACAUUUGGAAACUCACCUGUUUUUCCUUUAGUGGAAGCAGAGACAUCCAGUGCUUUGCUGCCCUGCUCCAUCUUUCCUUUUGGCCCUCUUCCUUAGCUGGUAUGUCACCUUGCCCCAUGUUUAACCCAAAAUCCUUUUAUAAUCUCAUUCUUCUGAACACUGAAUUGAGAUUUUGUAAAGUUCAUAGUGACAGUGGUUUACUAUUUACUAUUUACUAUUUACAUAGUGAUCUGGUUUACUAUUAUUUUUGACAUUUAAUGAGAAGUAAAGAAAAUCACCUUCAAAACCGUAAA